ACUGUCACUAGUCACUUCUUAUCAAAAUGGCGGGAAAAGUUUGUUUUUAUUUAUUGGUAUUUUAAAAGUUCAACAUUAUAUUAAAAAUAAUCAUACUACCAAAAUGAGUGAUUUUCCGGAUCCAGAUGAAGAGUUCGAACUUAUGUACGGUGAUGACUUGGACCUGCUGCGAGAACAAGAACCUGAAGAUGAUGUCAUACGUGUUUUACCAGAUCCCAAGGCACGAAAAAGUUUAGAUUUUGCCACACCAUCAAAAUCCCAAGGAACGAAACACACAAACCUUGAUUCUUCAUUUGAUUCUUUUCAACAGCUGCCAGAUGAAGAGCCUCCAAUCCCUAAAACUACAUCAUCUCUUAGUCAAAACAGUAUCAAUCCAAAGAAACGGUCAGCUGACUACUUGUUUGGGGACAUCAAUGAUAUCCUGGAUGAUGAUUAUUUAGCUGACCCUGUUGCUAAAAAGAAAAAGAAAGGGGAGAAUAAAUUACAGGAAGAUCUGGAGCUAAUCGAUCUGAUAGUGCAAAAACGAAAUGAGUACAAGAAGAGCCAUUUGGCGGCAAUUUAUUGGCAGGGGGACUCUGCUGAUAAAAAUGUGGAACGGGACAAACGGAAUAUAUCAUAUACAGUACCCAAAUAUAACUUCUUAAGACUUAAGUCGUCAAUUAAUGGCAAGAGUGUUUAUGUAAGGUUUCAUUCUGAAGAUUUUGAGAGGCAGGAAUCUUUAAGGAUCUUAGAAGAACAUUCAUUUCAAGGAGUUAUGGGUGAUAAUUUUAGGAAAAUUUGGAAUGAUGCGCAGGAAUUACUGUUGAAACAACAAACUAACCAGAGGCAACUCGAAAGCCAAAGCUUGCUUAACUUAGAAGCGGCGAAUAGCAAAGAAAAACAGUUAUGGGUCGACUUAUAUAAACCCAAAAGAUAUUUGGAACUAUUGAGUGAUGAGAGCACCAAUAGGAUAAUGUUAAAAUGGUUGAAGUUGUGGGAUAAGAUUGUUUUUAACCGAAAUCCGAAAAAAAAAGUGUCACCAGAUGCAUCAAGUGCGGAGAAAAAACCUUUUUUCAAACGGUUUAAUGAACUUAAUACUGAAUUAGAUGAAUUUAAUAGACCCUUUCAUAAAGUGGCUCUACUGUGUGGCCCUCCGGGUUUAGGUAAAACCACUUUGGCUCACAUGGUUGCCAAACAUGCCGGAUAUAACGUCGUGGAAAUAAACGCUUCGGACGAUCGUAGUUUAGAGGCUUUCCGAACAUCCUUGGAAAACGCUACCCAAAUGCGAUCGGUCGUAGACCAAGAAAAACGCCCCAACUGUAUCGUUUUUGAUGAAAUUGACGGGGCGCCCUCCGCCUCCAUAGAUUAUCUAGUCAAGUUCAUCACUGCCACUUUGCCAGCUAAAAAGGGUAAAAAGCAGCAAGAUAAGAGUCAGAAUAUACUCAAAAGGCCUAUAAUUUGUAUUUGUAAUGAUGCAUAUGUUCCCGCUUUGAGGCCGCUCAAGCAAAUCGCUUUUGUAGUUAAUUUUCCUCAAAUUUCUAGUACCAGAUUAGCAGAGAGGUUGAUGGAAAUAGCUAGAAGGCAACAGAUUAAGACUGAUAUGGGAGCGAUGAUUGCUUUGGCUGAAAAGUCAAACAAUGACAUUCGAUCGUGUCUCUCCGUACUGCAAUUCUUUAAAGCACAAGAUAAGAGGAUCGGGUUAACAGAUAUUUAUAAAGUUAGUGUGGGCCAAAAAGAUAUGCAUAAGGGUCUGUUUGCUGUGUGGUCUGAUAUAUUCGAACUGAAAAGAAUAAAAAAGCCCACAGGAGGUACCACGGCACCGUCCGCAAAAGACCGCAUGCAAAAAAUACUAGACACGAUGACGUCUUUUGGGGACCACGAGAGGAUCGCCCAAGGGGUUUACGAGAAUUUUCCGAAAUUAGAAAUUAAAGAUCGCAGUUUGGAGGGUACGUGCUCGGCCUUGGAGUGGUUUGGUUACAACGAUGCUCUCACCACCCAGAUUUACACGACCCAAAAUUAUUCUUUGACCAAUUAUUUGAAUUAUGGGUUCGUGGUGUGGCAUUUUGUUUUUGCCUCAUAUCAGAGGCCGAAGUUGGUUUACCCUACUGAAGGUCAAGAGGCUAGAACCAAACUGAUCAGACAAAGAGGCAUCAUAGCAGAAGUGCUACGAGGUAUGUCACCAACUGUCCGCUGCUAUAACGCAGCCUUGCCGCUAAUCAUGGACGUACUCCCUCUGCUUUUAAAAAUAAUCGCACCUCCAUUUAGAAAUGUUAGUUUUCACUUGUACACUCCUGAAGAACAAGACAACUUACUGCGUGUUGCGUCUAUUAUGGCAGAUUAUAAUUUGAACUAUAUCCAAGAGAGAAAAGCUACUGGGACGUAUGAUUUCAAAUUAGAGCCUAGUGUGGAAGAUGUUGUCAUAUUUAGUAAGUUUUUUGACAACCCUAUUAGCCAUAUAAGUUACCUCAACAGGCAACUUAUCGCCAGAGAGAUUGAGUUGUUGAAGAUAAGAAAGCUUGAUAAAACCCGACAUAAAGAAUUAGAACAGAAAGAUGCACAGCCUAAUCAUUUACAGACUUUACAGGCCAAACCAAUAAAAAUUGUGCCAAAAACUACAUCGCCCGUUCUUAAAAGAGAUAUUUUUGGUCGCGUGAUGAAGCAAUCUGAGCAACCUGCUGCGCAGGAUCCAUUGGCCAACGAUGUUAGGUUCGUUUAUAAAGAAGGCUUUAGCAAUGCUGUGAAAAAACGUUUAAAAGUUAAAGAUCUAAUAUAAUAUAUUGGAAAUAUUGUUUUGUUAAUUUUAAGUAACUAUUAAAUUGUUUUUUUUUAA